CAGAAAACCUUAGCUUCCAUUAAGUUCUAGUUCUGUUAACUCUCUCUUUCUCUUCCUCCCCUUUCUUUCUUGACUCUCCUCUCACUUAUUGUUUCAAUUUCUUUCUUCACCUUUAAUCUCCAUGUGAAUGCUACAAAAAUUUUUACUUUGUUGCAAAGCUGCGUAAUCAACAGAGGUCUUCUGAGGUAAAUGUCAGAGCCUGAUUGAGAUGAAAAGCUUGUCAAAUGAAAUAGAAAUUCAUGGAUAAGCUGGGAAGCCAGGGCACAGCCGGUUGUAAACCUUUAACCACAUUCGUACAAACAGACACACAUACUUUCCGAGAGGUUGUACAGCGCUUAACAGGCCCAUCAGAAGGUAAUACAGCACAAGAAGCAGCAGCAACAAAGGUUGUAGGCGUAAAAAGGCCAACACCCAAACUCCAUGAGAGAAGGCAGUACUCUAGGCCCAAGCUUGAGAUAGUUAAACCCCCUUGCCCAUUUAAACCUGCUUCAUCAACUGACCAGAAAAGCUUCUCCCCCACCAAAUCAGGGAGCUCUGGUUUUCUUCCAAGCCCUGUGACCCCUUCUACAAUGUUCUCAAAGCUGACCAUCCUGGAAGAGCAAAAGAAUGAAGAAUCAGCAAUACCUGAAUUGAAUAGCCAAGAAGAAGAGAAAGCCAUCAAAGAGAGGCGAUUUUAUUUGCAUCCAUCACCACGGUCCAGACCAGGAUACACUGAACCAGAGUUGCUUACCUUGUUCCCUCUAACAUCUCCAAAAACAGGAGAGAUGCCAUGAUUUUGACAGUGAGCUGAUCCUGUUAAGACCUUUUGUUUUUGCCGGCUUCAAACUACAGAACACCAUUGUCACCAAAUAGAGAGUACAUCUUUGGAAAAGAAGAAUAACUUUUAAAAUA